GUCCCUGGCAGAGGCUGCAGGGAGCAGGUGAGGGUUUCCUCUGAUGUGGAGCAGAUCCAAACCCUUGCCCAGCUAACAAGCUAGAACCCUCCCAAGAUGGCAGAAGCUCACCAGGCUGUGGCCUUCCAGUUUACCGUCUCUCCAGAGGGCAUUGACCUUCAACUGAGCCAUGAAGCCCUCAAGCAGGUCUACCUGUCAGGCCUGCGGUCCUGGAAGAAGAAAAUCAACAAGUUGCGGAACAGUUUUGUGACCGGAGUAUACCCUGCCAGCCCUUCCAGUUGGCUAUUCAUGGUUACUGCUAUCCUGGUGACCCAAUACUCUCGACUUGACCCCUCCAUGGGCAUGAUUGGAAAGAUCAAGGAACACCUGCCAGUCAGUGACUACCUGUCAGAUCAGGGCCAGAAUGUCCUCAGUGCCUUGGCUUUUUCCACGGGGCUGUGGCUGGCCCUCAUCCUGACCAUGCGCGGAAUUCUCAGGCUGCUCCUGUGCUACCAUGGAUGGAUGUACGAGGAGCACGGCAAGAUGUCCAACAUCACUAAGAUCUGGCUGGCUCUGGUGAAAAUCUUUGCUGGUCGGAAGCCCAUGCUAUAUAGCUAUCAAGCCUCACUGCCUCGUUUGCCUGUCCCAGCUAUCAAGGAUACUAUGCGACGAUACCUUGAGUCCAUACGACCUCUUAUGACGGAUGCCGAGUUCCAGCGUAUGACAGGUCUCGCCCGUGACUUCGAACAGAACCUGGGACCUCGCUUGCAGUGGUACCUCAAGCUGAAGUCUUGGUGGGCAUCCAACUAUGUGAGUGACUGGUGGGAAGAAUAUAUUUACCUCCGUUCACGCGGCCCUCUGAUGGUCAACAGCAACUAUUAUGUGAUGGAUUUCCUGUAUGUAACCCCAACCCCGGUUCAGGCUGCUCGUGCUGGCAACCUUGUCUAUGCCAUGUUGUUGUACCGACGGAAGCUCACUCGAGAAGAGAUCAAGCCUAACACAAUCCCUAGUUCCUGCAUCCCCCUCUGUGCAGCUCAGUGGGAACGUCUCUUCAACACCACCCGGAUACCCGGGGUGGGGCUGGACCGAAUACAGCAUUUGCGAGACAGCCAGCACAUUGCAGUGUACCACGCCGGGCGCUUGUUUCGGGUCUGGCUGUACCACAACGGGAGGCUGCUGCAACCUCGUGAGCUUCAGGCCCAGUUUCAGUCGAUUCUGGACAACGUGACGCCACCUCUGCCCGGCGAGGAGAAGCUGCCAGUCAUGACUGCUGCAGAGAGAGACCCCUGGGCCCAAGUCCGCCAAACCUACUUCCAGUCAGGGAAGAACCAGCAGUCUCUGAAUGUGGUGGAGAAAGCUGCCUUCUUUGUCACCCUGGACACCAGCGACCAAGGGCUGCAGGGGCCCAAUCCAGGUCAGGCGCUGGACGCCUAUGCCAAGUCCCUGCUACACGGGCACUGCUGUGACAGGUGGUUUGACAAAUCUUUCACGCUGAUAGUUUACCGCAAUGGGAAGUCUGGCUUGAAUGCCGAACACUCCUGGGCCGAUGCGCCUGUUGUUGGACACCUCUGGGAGUACACCCUUGCCACAGAUUCAUUCCAGCUGGGCUAUGAUGCCGAUGGGAACUGCAAAGGCAACAUCGAACCAGGCAUUCCGCCACCCCAAAAACUGCAAUGGGAGAUCCCACCAGAGUGCCAACAGGUGAUCCUGCGGUCCUUGUCUGUGGCUCAGGCUCUGGCCAAGGAUGUUGAUUUCUACAUCUUCCCCUUCAAAGAGUUUGGCAAAGGCCUGAUCAAGAAAUGUCGUUGCAGUCCAGAUGGCUUCAUUCAACUUGCCCUACAACUGGCUCAUUUUCGGGACAAGAAGAAGUUCUGCCUCACUUAUGAAGCAUCCAUGACACGUCUUUUUCGGGAGGGCCGCACAGAAACAGUCCGUUCCUGCACCAUUGAGUCCUGCAACUUUGUCAGGGCCAUGGUGGAUCCCACCCAGAAUAUUGGUACAAGGCUCCGUCUGUUCCGUGUGGCAGCGGAAAAACACCAGAAUCUUUACAGGCAGGCCAUGACGGGCGAGGGCAUUGAUCGCCAUCUCUUCUGCCUCUAUGUUGUCUCCAAAUAUCUUUGCCUGGACUCCCCCUUCCUGCAUGAGGUGCUUUCUGAGCCAUGGCGCCUCUCCACAAGCCAGACCCCCAUCCAGCAACUGGAGCUGUUUGAUCCCAAGAACCAUCCAGACUACGUUUCGUGUGGAGGUGGAUUUGGGCCGGUGGAUGAUAACGGAUACGGAGUAUCAUACAUCGUCCUUGGCGAAGAUCUCAUUAACUUCCAUGUGUCCUGCAAAUUCUCCAGCAAAGAGACGGAUGCACACCGGUUUGGAUCCCACAUACAGCAAGCUUUGCUCGACGUGUUGGCCUUGUUCCAACUGGACAAAAGCUCCCCUGGCAGCAGCGGCAAGUGACUGAAUAAAUGCCAGGGGGAUGCUCAGCAGGGCCAUCAGAACACACCUGGAGUGUCCUUGUCUAUUCUCUGAUCUGCAGGGACAUCCGGAGGGGAGGGGAGGAACAUGCAAAGGCCAGGCCUGAGGUUUCCUACAAGGACAUGACUGAGGCAGAAUAUUCUGCUACUCUUACCUUUGCGGGGAGGAGCUGGACCCUAUCUGGAUACCCCAGACCCUUGGGCAAACGACACUCCGAUGCGCCUUCAUGUUUCUAGGGUAGUUGAGGUUUGAUGCAUGGAACCGACAACCAGAUCUCCUAGGUUCUUGUGGGGCGCACGUAAAUGGGCUUGGAUGAUAACAGAAGAGAGUUUGGCACUUGGGAACCUGGCUUCCCCUGGGUUUCCAGCGUGGUGUUUUGACGGAGUGUCCUCAGCACUGAAGAAAUUCUUCUUUUCACACCCCGCCAACCCGAGUCCCCAGCAGCUGGGCUGCGUCCCUUUUUCCACUCUUCACUUUUGAAGGAUUCUGUCCAGAUGGCUCCCACGGUCUGUCUGAAGCCUUGCAGAUAGGAUGAUGUUUGAGGGGCGGGUGGGGGAUGCUAUUUCCUUAUCACCUCUCCCUCUCUGUUGCUGGAGUAACAGGCCCCCACCCCACCCCAAUACUGUCACGCAGUGGAAAGCCAUCUUAAGUUACCGAAUAGUUUUGUAGAGUAUGGAAUGCCUUUGUGGGGGGGAGGAGAAUGGGCUUGCUACAAGGUUGGUUUUUCCUCUGUUUUGGUUUGCUACCAUUACUGAUGCGAAUAAAACCACCAGGUGGGAGAGCUUAUAAAAAGCA